UCGCCUCGCUCUGAGGGAUAAAAACACGCUGUACUCGCAGCUUCACUCUGCGCUUUUUCUGAAAAACGCAUCAACAAAAGAUGAGCUUUUACUAGAAAGAGUUGUAUCUUAUUCGUUUUUUGCUCUUUUUUGGGGGGGACGUGGAGUCAAGUUGCUUGGAUGCGAAAAUCGGGAUAGCAAGAGUUUUACGCAUUACAGCCAGGAGGGACGAAGCACCGGCGUCUUUUCCCCCAGUGAAACCAGGAAUAUUCCGCUGCGUGGGGAAUUACAACCCGAGCGUUUACGACUUUAAAUAGUCGUAAUGUUUUAAGGGUUUUCCUUCAGUCGUAAUUGGGAGCGCGUUUCACCGCCCUCGUCGUCUUGAGCGCGCAUUCGCUCCAUAAAGCGUAAAACGAGCUCCUCGCCUAACAAAGUCAUAUAAAUAGACACUUUGAAAGCUCGCAACCCCAGUUUGACCCAAACAGACUGUGAUCAUGACAUUGUCUCGCCUCCUCUGAGGAUCUUGGCUGGGAGUAAAGACCGUGUCGCUGUUUCCAAACCCUGCAUGGGAGCUGACUUGUCCCGGUGUCAUCCGCGUUUUCUCCGGCAUGGCAUUUCAGAGGAAGUAGCCUUCACAGCGGAAGAUGGCUCUUUACUUUGCCCCAGGUUACAGCCUGAUCCCGGUCCAUGCCUAAUGGCACACUGACAGUGAAAACUCGGCUUCUUGCAAAGGUUCAGUAUGACUGCAGCAGCAGGUGUGCUAACAGGCUUGGCUAAGCUAAAACGCCAAGACUCCGCCCGCUCUCAGCACCGGCCUAUACCACCUGCAUCGCCAGGCCUUGGAAACCCCGCCCCAGAGGCUGCCCCCAGAAAGCGGAAACGACGCACAGAUGUUGUGGUAGUGCGCGGUAGGCUCCGCCUCUACUCCGCCUCUGGGUUUUUCCUCCUCCUGGGGCUCGUCAUCCUGGCCAUAGGGAUCGGCAUGGCAACCCUGGGCUACUGGCCGCACAGUGAAGCUGUGCCCUCAGCCAAAUCGCAGACUGAAGGAGGAUCCAAGACAGUAAUUGCUGGAGGGGCUAAAACAUCUGCCACAGAGGGGGCCGUGUCUAACUCCAGCAGGAGUCAUCAUGUGCAAGGCACGCCCUCCAAGCAGACUGGGGGCGCUCUGACACGGUUCCUGGAACAGCAUCGUCACUCUGAGAGGAUGAAGAUGCUCGGGCCCUUCACCAUGGGCAUUGGGAUUUUCAUCUUCAUCUGUGCUAAUGCCAUUCUUCAUGAAAACAGAGACAGAGAAACUAAGAUAAUCCAUAUGAGAGACAUGUACUCCACAGUCAUCGACAUCCAUCGCCUCAGGCAGAAAGAGCAAAAACAACACCAUCACCGCAACAGCGCCUAUGCAAGAGAAAUUGGGGAUCUCCGAGCCUUCGACGCUGAUAACACAGCACGAUUGGCCAGCAACUCCCUCCUCACAUUUUCCUCUCGAGCUGGAGGUGGUGGAGGAGGGUCUACAGAAGAGGAGGAGGUGCUGCUCGGGGAUGAGGAGUUUCACAAACAGGGGGAACAGGCUAAGUUGGAUUGUACCUUUGCGGGGCUGCUGGCGCCGCUCUACAAGGAUCGCCCCUUCUGUGGCCCGGGGCUCGGGUUGGCUCGCUCGGAUUCGGUGCGCCACCAGUGGUCAGUGGACGGAGAAGGGGAGAAGGGAGGACACCAUGCACGCUCUAUUGUCUCCUCCUCCAUCUCUGCGUUUACGCUGCCGGUUAUAAAACUCAACAACUGCGUUAUUGACGAACCGGAGAUGGAGGCGAUUACUGAGGAGGAGAGAGGAGGGGAGAGAAGAGAUGGAGAGAGGUCACAGCCUCUGAGCUCCAUGGAGUCUCUGGUGGUUCCUGUAGCAUCUGUUGCCAAGGCCUCCAAACCACCGGGUUUACACCGGAGUAACUCCGCCUCCUCCUCCUCUCACUGCUCCUCUGUCUCCUCUACCUCCCUCUCCCCUGCGCCAUCCUCUACCUCAGGCUGCUGGCUCUCCCCGGGAGCGGCCAGGACUGACUUUGGCUCCAACUCCUCUCUGCACAUGCUCAGCAGCCACUCCAAAUCCCUGGACCUGGAGCGCAGGCCGAGCAUGCUCAGCGUGCACCCGGAGCAGCGGAAGCACCCCAGCUGGCCACGCCUCGACCGUAGCAACAGCAGCCGCAGCAACAGCAGCACCCGGGGCAGCAGUAAAGGCUACAUGCGGCUGGAGGACAGGGAAGAGCAAGGGGAGCGGCUGUUAGAUGUGUCACCCUCCGUGGCAUUGAGGCGUGACUACAGUAAACGGGAGAAGCUGCUAAUGAUAUCGAGGUCGCAUAAUAAUCUGAGCUUCGAGCAUGACGAGUUCAACAGCAGCACACUGAAGAGGGGCAGCUCUGAGACUCGAUUCUGAAAACCAUGAACUAAAGGUUGAAGACAGUUCUGUCCUGUAAAUUGCUCUCUAAGCAGUGUGAGUGUACAGCGCACUGGUGUCAGGGGGAAGUGAUGAAUUUAACAGCUGCACACUGGAGAGAGGAAACUCAACAGUGGUUCUGAAGACACUUUUUUGAGCUGCAGGCUGGAGAGUAGUUACAAGUGGACCAUCUUGUGCAUUAAAGGGUCAGCAAGACACUAAAUGCCUACAGUACCAGGUCCAGAGGUGCUGUUCUGUAGCUGACUCUGACCUGUGACCUCUAUGGAGGGAGGCAAGUGAAAACAGAAGUUCCCUAAAGGGAUCAAUACAAAUAAAUCACAUUGCAUCAUCCAGCUUCUUUAUACAAACAUAGUUCUAAUAAAGUUUUGACAGGAUCUCAAACCUGAGACGCUUUAGAAUCAAUAAUGUUUCAUUACAAAAGGUUUUGAAAAUUGCUUUUCUUAGACUGCUACAAGGUUUAAUUCAAGGACACACUGGAAGCGCUUUGAGCAAGUUCUUUCCUGAGCGGGCAGCAGUGACACGACGGUCCAAGUGUUUGCUUGUGCAGCAGCUUUGGAAACAAAGUUACAGAGUGCUUAAUAGGGUUGUAUAGAAAGACUGAGGCUGAUAAUGAUCAUUUUGAACUGAUUUAAGAGUCUUGACACAAAAACAGAUAUGAAAACUAAAUCCACAGAGAAUCAGCUUGUAACUUACAGCCUGUAGACCUAUAGAAGAAAAUGUAAUGGCAUUCUGCAUCGACGAGGUCCAACAUAGCGAUAUUAGAGAUAUUAGUGGUAUUUGUUUUAAUGGUGGUUUUUAUAUGUUUGUGUGUCUGUCUGAUUCUCAGAUUGUAGCAGAUCUGUGCAAACUCAGACAAAACCAGUUACUAUAAUGUCUUCACACUGCAGCACAGAUGUGACUUCAAAUCGAGGUGCCAGGCCAAGAAAUACAACAAGGGAGUCUGUGUUGCGCUGCAAUCAUACUAUUGCUGCCCUUUCUCAAGAACUGUAAGUUUUGUGUGUCCGCUACUGAAAACUAGAAGUAACAAUCUCUGUCUAUGGCUCCGCUACAAACACUCAGGAUAUGUAGUCUAUUAUUCAUGUACGGAUCAUACGCUGUAGACGUACACAAACCUUUUCAGUAUUAGACAAAAACCUAAUUAUUGAAUACUUAUUGACUUCAGUUUGAUGAGAGGAAUGAUAAGCAGGGCAGUAGCUAGUCAAUUCUCUAUGAAAUGCCAAAAAACAAGCAAGCCGAGCACAUAAAUGUCUCAAAACAAUUUAAUAUUUAACUAACAGUCAGAAAUUCCAAAGUUAUUUGACGUAUAUGGCAAAUAGUCACAUUUGAGGCAUUUCUCCUUGAUAAAUGACUUAAAUAAUUGAUCUACCCACACAGUCGCUGAUUACUUUUAAGUCAGCCAACACAUUUUGGCUCUGCACUAUUGAAAAACCAAUAUUUAAAACAAGAAAAUCACUAUAAGUGAGAGCGUGAAGUACCGGCAUUACACUGGAGCCAACAGUAAAUCACAACACACACAUUUAUCUUGUGUUAUCUUUAUAAAUCCAGGAAGCUGUGAUAUUAAAGCCCAACUGAAAUUAAACUGCAUUUUUUUGUCUGCCACAGCAAACACAUCUGCUCAGUAAAUCAUGUGUCCUCCUUUCCCCUUUGAGAAAAAAAGGGGGAAAUUCAUAUCUUUUAUUUUUUUGGUUUCAUGAUGGCUCCCUCCACUUUUGCAUUCAUUCAGCUGAUAACCAUUACGUCCACAUCGAUAGUUUGCUACAGCCAAUCGAACCUUGCACAAAGCAGUAAUGUCAGCAUUCUAUCACAGGCAGAGCAGAUGGUAUCUGAGCCAGAACAGCCUUUGAACAACAGCCCACAUUAGCUUUGCUGCUAAAGUCUCCUUCCAAACAAAUGUUCACCAGGGAAAAGUGCGCUGCUAACGUCAGUUUGCAGGCUGCACAGCUAAGGAGCUGCUCAGCUGAAGCACAUUCAACAGCAUGUAAAUGUACCUGCAAAUGUCACUUGGUGUGUUAGGUGCUGGUGUGGUCCUUCCUCUUUAAAUACCACAUUUCUGAAAAUCCCCAAAGAUAUUAUGAGUUCCUUUUGAAGAUAAAAACGAUACAUUUAAAAAACCAUGUUGACAUUUUUGACCACAAAGAGGGAUGUCCAAGAUAUUUCGGCUGGACUUGAAAGUGUGAGCCAUGCUGUUUUCUGCUGCACUCCCCGUUUGAUGACACACCUUUUUAUUUAUUUUUUUUUCGUACUGACAAUAUUCACCACUUGAUGACUAUCGCGGGUUUGAAUUCAGGAAUUCAGCUACGAACCAACAUAGUUGUUGGAUGUGUCGGCGUGUUUUGUUUUUAACGUGCUGACAAGGUGUGUUGCCAUGUGAAGACACUGCUCUUGUCUAUGUUCAGUAUACGAGCUGAUACGACGCCUCCAUAUAUCUGUUUCAGGUUGUGUUUGGUUUGUCAGCUACCUUAACGAUACCUUAACACAUUUAUCAGUGUAGUUCAAACAUCUUCUGUGCUACUUUUAAUGCAGGACACAUGAAUAAUAGAACAUGGAAAAGAUAGAGCCCUUUUUAAGAGUGCAGGAAUCUUGCCAGAGAGCCUCAUUAACUGGUUCCCAGCACUUGAUGAGUCAAUGUUCAAUUUUA